AUGGCGAGCGUGGCGGCCUUGGCGGCGGGCGUCGGCGUGCUGCUGCCGUUCCCGUUCUACUGGGCGCUGUGGAGCCGCCCGCAGCGGUGGGUGGACCUGUGCGGCCGCGGCGCCGACCCGUGCCGCCGCAUGGCGCAGGUCUCCCACGUCCUCAAGGCGCUCCAGCUCCUCGCCCUCGCGUCCGUCGCCUCCUUCUCCUGGCCCCCGCCCACCUGCUCGCUGGCGCUACUCGCCUUCGGCCAGUACCUCAACUUCAAGGUGUACCAGCUGCUCGGUGAGUCAGGUACCUACUACGGCGUCCGGUUCGGAAAGAAGAUCCCGUGGGUGACCGAUUUUCCGUUUGGUUAUAUCAAGGACCCCCAGUAUGUCGGGAGCAUCCUUAGUCUUGUGGCACUGCUGUGCUGGGUUCCCUACCAGUAUGUUCUCCUCUGGUGCCUCGGCUAUGUUUUCAUGAUUCUGGUGGAAAGCAAGGAGGAUCCUGCCACCAGGGCAAAGCUGCUCUCCUGAUUGUUUAGUUGCUGUGCAGCUAAACUCGUGAUCUCUGUUCCUCAGUCUGUCAGUCGUAUGGUCCUGGAGGUGUCCUGACACUGGCUAAACAUUGCUUAAUAAAGAGAUGUGGUUUAUUUUUGCUGAAA